GACCACAAGACUUCUGAGACCUCUGCAUCGUACUGGAAAAGUUCAUGCUGCUGUAAGCACAAGCUCUCUACUUCCUCAUCACUGCACGGCCUUUGCAGAUUCAUCAUUUCAUCAGCCUCAGCAAUCAUAAGCCUCUUACACCACCACCAGGGCUUGGACGCCAUAUGGUACCCCUCAAUCACAAAUCUUCCUGUAGAGUCUAAGCACCAAAGACUUUACUGUCAAGACUUAUCAUAUAGCAUCUAUUAUGUUAUGAACAUUAUCUUUCCAUUGUUCACUUGUCUGUCCUGUUUUUUCAAAGUUGUUUUCAUAACUCAACGUCUGAGAUGGCAAAUGGCCCAGCCCUCUCCACUGCUCGAGGAGGAGAAAUUUACGUGGGAAAUGAAUUCAGAGAUUUCUUCCACCUGCUGGACGUUCUCUAUGCAAAUCAGUUUGAAGGAGAGUCUUUCGAGCCAAAACUUCUUGAGCAGAUCGAAGAAAACUUUUAUAGAGGGGCCCCGCCCAACUGGUUGAACUUUUACAUAAGUGAACAGGAACAGGCAAAUGAGUCAGGUGGCAUUAUUAAACGAGAUGGAUACGAUAGACUUGUGGAAGAAAUCCGGAAAAAAAACAAACAGCCUGGAAUAUCAACUGUUAAACUGUUCCACCAGCCAGGAUGUGGAGGAACCACACUGGCCAUGCAGGUGCUGUGGGGCUUGAGGAAAUCCUUCAGAUGUGCAGAAGUUUUAACAAGCUCACCCCCAGACAUCGCAAAUGUUGCAAACGAGGUGAUCGACCUUUACACGGCAGGCAGCAGAGGCCACCAAAACACUGUGCUGCUGCUGGUGAACGAUGAGCAGAUUUUAGAAAAUCUGCAAGACAGCAUCAUGGAGAAGAUUGCUGAACAGAAGAUAGUCACCCGUAUGCCUGUGGUGAUUUUUCUCAGCUGUAUUAGAAAAGUAUCAAUUGUGCAGAAUGACAAUGUUGCCCUUAAAGAUGUACUUUCUGACACAGAGAAGCAAAAAUUUGAUGAGAAAAAGAAAGAACUUAGCCUAAAGUAUGGUGAUAAAUGCAAACAGUUCCAUGGCUUUAACAUAAUGCAAACUAAUUUCUCUUCAGAUUAUGUCCAACAAGCAUGCAAAGUAUUCAGUACUGUCAGAAGAGCAAAUAGACCACGGAAAACACAGCUUGUUGCCUGCCUAUCCCUGUUAAAUGGUUAUGUACCAGGUUCAUAUCUCACAGAGUCUCAGUGCCUGGACUUUCUUAAACAUGACGACGACAAUUAUGGAGACCUGGAGGACAGAAUGGAGCCCUUUAGUCAUCUCAUCACCUUCCAACAAGAUAAAAGAUCUGGAAGAAAAGUUAGCAUGGCUCACCCUAUGAUAGCACAGCGCUGUACAGAGUUGAUGGCUGAGGCAGGUGUGACCAGAAGUGACACAGCCCUAAAGUUGAUCUCUUUGUACAGCAAUGGGGAUCCUCCAUAUUUGCUUGGAUUUGUGAAAGACAUGCUGACAAAAAGAGAACCAAAAAAAGGAGGAAAAGAACCCAAAAAGAACACAAUCUCUGGUACAGAGACUGACAAGGACCAAGAAAGGUUUUCUAGGCUAAUCCUAGAAAUUCAAAAGAAGGAGGGUAAUGCCAAGAGUGCAUCUGUUUUAAAGGUAGCAUCAAAAAAGUUUGAUGAAAAUCCAUUUUUUCCACAAGCUCUUGCUCGUUUUUAUUACAUAGAACUAAAAGAUUACAAUCAGGCAGAAAUGUGGGCAAAGCGAGCAAAGGAAAGAGAUCCAGAAAAUUCAUUUGUUGCUGAUACACUGGGACAAGUGUAUAAGAACCAUUUAAAGAGCAAAGAGUCUCAUCCUAAGGAAGGAUGCGAAAAGCUUCCUGCCAAACCAAGAGAAAUUUUGCAACUGGCCAAAAAGGCCAUUGAAGCUUUCAAAGAUGAAGAACGACUUGCUGAAAAACAACAUGGUACAGAUACGAAGGAAGAUAGCACUACCAAAGUCGACACUACCAAAGUCAGCACUACCAAAGUCGGCCCUACCAAAGAUGGCCCUACCAAAGACGGCACUACCAAAGUCGGCACCACCAAAGACGGCACUACCAAAGUCAGCACUACCAAAGUCGGCCCUACCAAAGACGGCACUACCAAAUCAGGAUGA